GGGGGGUGUAUUGACUGCAAUGAACUAAAUAACGGCGCGUGUAGCUUCGUUCGUGAAACGAUGCAUCCAAACGUAACCAACGCAAAAAUCGGCCAUAUUGUUCAAGGUGAUGCUGGUAAAGGCGACUAUGCAGCCAAUUUUGCAUAUCUAGGCGAUGAUGUUGAAGCGUACGAUCCACUUGUUUAUGACGUUAAGUCCUCCAAAAAGCCUGAAGUAAAAGCCAACGCCAUGCUAUCGGUGGUUGAUCUGAUGCGGUUCCUGAAAGAAUACGACACGUCGGAAGCCCCUGACGACGCAUCUGUGAUCAAGGAAUGGUCGUCCCAUAUUGACGUGGUGCGAUUUAUCCGACAAUUGGCUUUGGAGUGGAUUGGUGGCAACUGGGAUGGCGUUCAGUACUCGGGCAACAACUUUGCCAUAUAUCAAAAGCCCAACGCUACGCAGUGGACAUUUAUUCCUAUGGAUUUUGAUUAUACAUUUGGCAACGGAUUGGAAAAGGACCAGCGGGACUUGAUGAUGGGUGAAUGGCCUAAGUUGACAGAAGGCCGAAAGAUCCAUUCGUAUCUAUGGGAGGCGCUCAAGGAGAUACCUUACUUCGUACGAAUGUAUGAGAAAACCCUCAAGCAAAUCAACAGCCGAGCAUCGAAUCCGGAUGUCUUGUUGAAACGCAUUGAUGGUUUGGCAUAUAUGCUUCAACGGGAAGUCUUGUGGGAUACUUCCUUAGAAAGAAUGACCCAAGGUGUGACCAGACCUUGGGAAGCCAACGAAUUUUUGGAGCAUUUGGAGCAAGGCACGGAUGCCGUGGACGAAUGGAUUGGCUUAAAGCAGUGGAUCGUGGAGAAGCACCAGUCGCUUUUGACCCUGCAGGAUCAUUCGUCGAAUGCUCCUUCUGAACUCGGUAUGGGUAUCGACAUGAUGCCUAAUAUUGCUGUCGGCACCUCGGAAUCAGUGGAUGAUAUCAAGAAUAUGGUUGCAGAAGCCGUUCAGCAAUUUCAACAGUAGUGCCCCCAAAAUUCAUAUAUGACACUCGUAAUCAUCCCUACAUCAUUAAAAUCUAUCACAUGAGUCAGUUGACGCACUCCGCUUUUCGUCCGCUCCAUUAUGCAGCUGCAACUUGUUG